AUGCAUCUUCCUCGGAGCUGCGUCCUCCUCCUCCUCCAGGGCAGCAUCGCGCUGCUGGCCCUGGCGGGGCCGUGCCGGGGACAGGGGUGGGGGCGCAGGGUGGGCACCGUCCCUCCCCCGGGCCCCGAGGCAGCCAGGAGCGAACUGGAGCCAUCCCGGAGGAAUCGCAUCCCUCGCACCCAUUCCCGGAGCGUCCCGGGGGGCGGAGAGCCGGGAAAACCGGAGGGGAAACGCAGAGCAGAGAACGAAGGGGAAAUGGGGGAGGCGAGCCCGGCCCCGCCGCACAACCGGAGCCUCCCGGGGCUGGGCCGCGGCUCCCGGGGGCUCCGCGGGCUCCUGGAGAAGCGGCCGGGGAGGGACCCGAGGAAGCUUUUCGGCUGGGGCGAGUUCUACUCCAACAUCAAGACGGUGAAGCUGAACCUGCUGAUCACGGGCAAGGUCGUGGAUCACGGCAACGGCAGCGUCAACGUCUUCUUCCAGCACAACUCCACGGGCCACGGCAACAUCUCCGUCAGCCUCGUGCCCCCCACCAAGGCCGUGCAGUUCGACCUGGAGCAGCAAAUCUUCAUCGAGGCCAAGGAGUCCAAGGUGUUCAACUGCCGCGUGGAGUCGGAGCGGGUGGCCCGGGCCAGGAAAACGUCGCUGUGCACGUUCGACCCGGCCAAGACGUGUUCGCAGGAGCACACGCAGAGCCGCGCGGCCUGGCUGUGCUCGCAGCCCUUCGGGGCCGUGUGUGUGUACAUCACCUUCUACAGCAGCGAUUACCGCCUGGUGCAGCGCGUGUGCCCCGACUUCAACAGCCGAGCCCGCCCGGCCUCCUUCCCCUCGGGAUGA